CCAGUUAAAAAAAAUAAGGUUUGGUGAACUUUGGUGUUUUUGUUUUUAUGUUUAUGUUACUUUUCAAAUUAAAAUAAAAUUAAAGCUUUCAAUUUUUAUUAGAAAAAAAUAAAAAUGAGUCGUAGAAAGCGAACAAAGGUUGAAAGCCGCGAAUUAGAAGAAAAAUUAAAACAAGAUGAUUCGGAAUCUGAUCAGUCUGAGAAGAGCAAGAUUGCUCCUAGCCCUACGUCUGUCAGUGGUCGUCGGGAGUCUUCGUCCAGUCGAACUACCGACUCCAAAAAGGAAGAUAAACCUAUAAUCAUAGAGGAAAGUAAAAGUGAAGAUAUCGAAGAAAUUAACUAUAAAGAAAUGUUAAACAGUUUGGAAGGAGCUGCAUUUCAGUCCAGACUGCCCUUUGAUAAAAUGUCUUCAUUAGAAGCGGAAUGCUUCUCUGACCUACAAGGUGCCUCUAGCCAUGCAUUUGUACAAAUAAGAAACAGAAUCUUGAAACUUUGGUUUGAAGAUCCGAAAAAACAACUGACUCAUGAAGCAGCUUUACAGAAAAUGGAGCCCCCAUACAAUGGUGAUCCUGCUUUAGUGAUGAGGAUUCACGCUUUUCUAGAGAGGCAUGGCUUUAUCAACUAUGGCAUAUAUGAGAGAAUUACUCCUAUACCCACACCGGCUAAAGGAAAACAGAGGCCUAAAGUUAUUAUUAUUGGUGCAGGAGUAUCAGGGCUGGCAGCGGCAAGGCAACUGCAGUCUUUUGGUUGUGAGGUUGUUAUACUGGAAGGCAGAGACAGGGUUGGUGGCAGAGUAGUCACAUACAGGAAAGGGCCGUAUGUUGCUGAUUUAGGUGCUAUGGUAGUAACAGGGUUAGGUGGCAAUCCAGUUACUACAUUAUCUGUACAAAUGAACAUGGAAUUACAUAAAAUAAAACAGAAGUGCCCUCUAUAUGAAGCUACGGGAAAUCAAGUGCCAAAACAUAAGGAUGAAAUGGUGGAGCGCGAGUUUAACCGCUUGCUGGACGCUACGUCUUAUCUGUCGCACCAAGUGGACUUCAACUACUACAACGACACCCCCGUCUCCCUCGGGCAAGCUCUGGAGUGGGUCAUCAAGUUGCAGCAAAAGAAUGUUAAGCAUAAACAGAUUCAGCACUUAAAAGCAGUGAUAACUUUACAAGAAAGACUGAAGAAUAACAUAAACAAAAUGUCAGAUAUAAAAGAGCUGCUGCACUCAAUGAAAGCUGAGAAGGAAGCAUUGCUCGCUGAGAGAGAGAAAUGCGCGACGGGAGACGCAAGCGUGCUGCAGGAGUUCAACAUACGCCGACUCAACAGGGAAAUGACGCAGCUCUGUAACGAGUAUGAGACCCUUGUGAAUCAGAACAACACUAUAGAAGACAAGUUGACGCAAAUUGAAACCAAUCCACCCAGUUCGGUGUACCUCUCGGUCCGCGAUCGUCAAAUACUGGAUUGGCAUUUUGCCAACUUGGAGUUCGCGAACGCUACUCCCCUCGGCAACCUAUCGCUCAAGCACUGGGACCAAGACGACGACUUCGAAUUCACCGGCAAUCAUUUGACAGUUCGCAAUGGGUACUCCUGCGUACCAGUGGCCCUAUCAGAAGGAUUGGACAUAAGGCUCGGUACAGCUGUUACUGAGAUAUCUUAUGAAGGCCCAGGAGUUACGGUUAAGGCAGUGAACCCUCGAGCUCCUAGUCAACCUCAAACUUUUAAAGGCGACGUGAUUCUUUGCACCUUACCCCUGGGAGUGCUGAAGGUAGCUGUAGCGAACAACGGCCAGAAUCAGCAGAACUUCGUUAAGUUCGAUCCUCCACUGCCUGAUUGGAAAGUAGCAGCCAUUAAACGUCUUGGAUAUGGAAACUUAAAUAAGGUUGUGUUGUGUUUCGAGAGGACCUUUUGGGACCCGAGCGCCAAUCUCUUCGGACAUGUUGGCACGACCACUGCCAGCAGGGGUGAGCUGUUCCUGUUUUGGAACUUGUAUAGCGCGCCAGUUCUUCUAGCGCUGGUGGCUGGUGAAGCGGCUGCCGUGAUGGAGAAUGUGACGGACGACGUCAUUGUGGGACGAUGCAUCGCCGUGCUGAAGAGUAUCUUCGGCCACGCGGCCGUUCCUCAACCUAAAGAAUGUGUAGUCACAAGAUGGCGCGCGGACCCCUUCGCUCGUGGGUCUUACAGCUUCGUAGCAGUUGGGUCUUCAGGCACCGACUAUGAUCUGCUAGCCGCACCCAUACCUGACUCUUCUGGAGAAACUCGACUAUUUUUUGCAGGGGAACACACAAUGCGCAACUACCCGGCGACGGUCCACGGGGCGUUCCUCUCAGGCCUUCGCGAGGCUGGUCGCCUCGCAGACCUGCUGAUGCCCCAGCCGCCCAUCACCAGCGCCAGCGUCGCAGCGGCCACCGCUGCCGCCAACCACGCUUGAUCUGAGGACAGGGAUGGAAGAGACUUGAACUACGGCGUAACAUUAGGAAAUCUAGUUAAUUGUGACCAUAAUUAUUCUCUGUUUAAAAGCCUAGUGUCCACUAGCCAGUGACCUGCAAUGUCUUGCAGAAGUCGACUUCUACUAGUUCUGUAUACUAAAAAUCGACCAAAAGCGAGUCAGACUCACACAACGAGGGUUCCGUAGUCGGGUAUUUUUUUGAUAUUUUGCACGAUAAAUCAAAAACUAUUAUUAAUAAUUGCUAAUAAUUGCCUAGGUCCUGCUGCGUGAGUUUUUAUAAUUUAUCAAGAUAGUAUUCAUUAAUUUGUCAUGCUGAGCGUGAGCAAAAUACUCUUCCAUGUGGAUAAGGUGUGAACCUUUUUAUGAUUCAUGUUUUUUCUUGUUAAUGUGCAAACAAAGAGAAUUUUUAAUUGCAGUGAAAGAUAAACUGCAUGCAAAUUAUAAUUUUCUUUAAUUAUAACGAGUAAACAAUUAGUUACAUUUGAAGUUAAAGCAAGAUAGUCGUAAUUAAGGGCGCUAAAAUUAUAAGUUCUUUGCCAGUUUCCAACGGUGUUUUAAUUAAUGUUUGCAAAGGGUUUGUACUUUUGCCUUUUCGUGCACUAGACAGUGAGUAAAGUUGAAGGGUCGUGGGUCGUGGGGUUGAUAUCUAAUAUUGUUUGGAUCAACCUGAGUAAAAGAUUUUAAUUAAAAACUGAGUUUUGCUGUCGUACUAGGUAUUUGUUACAAUUGACGUCUAUCUAGUCUGCCUUUUGCUUAAAAGCUGCUAACCCCAAAAAGUAGCAUUUGAGUCAUCGCCAAAAAUGUUGGAGUUUCAAAAACUGAUGUUCCUGAAAAACAUGUAACAUAAGACAAAAAAUGUACAGUAGGGGUCUACGUAGUUGGUAUAAUCGGUUCUUCCAAUAUUUUUAGCGAUAGUACAAAAAGUUCUUUUUGGGAUUAGCCGCUUUUAAGCAAAGAGCGACAAUGGUUAGGUACGUCUUUUACACCUAUUGUUAGGUAGAUAGCUGUUGCAGGUAGGUACCUAGUUACUUUAAGAUCGAUUUUUAAGAAAGUAAUGAUAUUGAUAAUAGGUAUGUAAAAAUAGAGCAAUGAAAUGCAAGAAGCUUUCUAAAUAGGAAACUAAUAAUUUUGUUUUUAGGUAUAGUACAAUAACAUGACCACAAUUUUUUCAGUAAAAUUAUAGGUACCUCCUUAAUUUCGUAAAAAGGUUUUGUAUAAUUUUGAGUUGAUAAGAGUAAGAUAACUGAAUUUGAGUUGUUUUUUAGUUUUUUAUGUGUUUAACAAUAAGCAAUCAUUUUGUACCUACUUGAGAAGCAAUAAAUCGAUUCAUC